GACGAUUUCAGAUGCUGGCUCCUCAAGAUUACUGGUUGUACUGCCAGUAUCAGAUUCUUCGGAAGUUUUGCGUAUUGCAAAAACCUGGAUGGCUCACCCCGAUGUCCCUGAUCCACAAGCGUGCAGGCUUUUGCUUUGUCUAUUGGAGGCACGAACGAGGGGUUCUGCAGGUUCACGGUCUGCAAGUCCUCAUGAUGAGAAGAAAGACGAAGAGCAAAAGGUGUGGCACGAUUCCUUGAGGGACGUUUUUGUAUCGCGACGGCUCCUAAAGACCACUAGACCGG